AUGAGUUUGAUUAAGCUGUUACGUGCACGUGAUUUCUCUACUCUCAAGCGUGCUAAGCCCAUUCGUGUUAAGAAAAGUGAGUCACGUCGCGUCAUUCCUAAGCAGACCAAUGCUCUUACGCAAGUAUCGCCACCACCACCAACAAUCCCUUUUUUACAAUCUGAACAACAAGCACCACAGACUUUCGGUGGGAUCAUGAAAGAGAGUUUUAUGUGGGGUAUGGGCAUGGCAGCUGCGUUCUCUGUCGUGGGCAUUAUUUUCAGUAGCAUGGAAGAGACAAACUCUCCAGGCGAGUACAAGAGCACCGUCGUUGUGGUGUCGCAGGAAGAUCAGGAAGAGAGCAACUGA